UCAACGUUAAAAUGGCGGAUUCUGGCGGGAGUGGAUCAACAGCAAGCACUAUUUUACAAGCCAAAGAAACGUUUGAGAUUAUACAGGAGAUAUCCAGACUGUUAAAUACUGGUUUGGACACUGAGACUCUGGCAAUCUGUGUUCGUCUCUGUGAAAGUGGAGUGAACCCAGAAGCCUUAGCAUCUGUUAUUAGGGAGCUUCGAAGGGAAAGUGCAGCUGUUAAGGCUGGAGAAUCAAACCACUAAUCUUCAGGCAGCUCUUCAGGGAUGAAAACAACUCCAUGAUUGAUGAAAUAGUUUUUUUUGUUUUGAACUCAGUAGAUUAACUUAUUAAUUUUUAAAAAGUUGUAUAUAAAAGUUUUUUUUCAUAGCUCCAAGUAUACCUGCAAUCUUAUAAUGGACAAGAAAUAAAUAAUCUUAUGUAUAGCAACAAUAAUAAUGAUGCCCUCUCAUCUUAAAAGGAACUGAUAUUAAAAUAAUACAAACUUUAUGUGUAUGUUGUAUUAAUGCAAAAUGUAUAGUUGGUACAACAGUUGUCCGUGUCUUACAUUUAAGUAGCUAAUGUGUAAUAACUUUUUUUUUUAAAUGUGAUUGAGUCUAAAUGACACCGUUACUGACUAUUAAUGAUUGGAUUGUACUUGUGAAGGUUGAGUGAGAAACAGUAAAUGUUUAAUCCUCCACAUACUAGAGUUCUGAGAAAUAUAUUAUGUGGUUUGUAAUAUAUACAUUCAAAAGCAAAAUUUUACAUGGAAGAAAAAAUAAAGUUUAGGUAUGAUAAAACAA